AUGGAGUACCAGUAUCCUCUCCUACUAUGCGUCAAGCUGGCGCUUUCUCCAAAGUUCCAACCCUUCCCGCAUGUCCUUCAAUUCGUCAGCGAUCUCCUCCUCCCGACAACAAUUGACGGUGCUAUCUACAACGAUCUCCAUCGCAUGAUCAAAGACUAUGAAGCUGUUCUACCGUACACGGUGGGAGCAAUGGACGGCGCCGCAGCCAGAGGACGUCUCGAUAUACUCCAAAGACUGCAAAACACUCGAAGUGAGGGUUGUUCGUCCGCUGCAUUCGUCGGUGCGGCUGCUAACGCCCACCUAGAGGUAUUGUGGUGGCUCAAUGAAUUCUACGCUCGCUUGGCCCAGCCGGCAGAAAUGGUCAAAGCCGCCGCUGCGAAUGGCCACAUACGGAUCGUAGAAUUUAUAAGCCAAAGCUAA